AUGGGGAGGGACGAGCUGCUACGGCGGAGCCUCGUGGCGCUGGCGGCGGCCGUGGUGCUCACGGGGCUGGCCACGGCGUCGCUAAGCAAGGCGGCGGCCACGUACGGCUUCGGCAUCCUCGCCAUCGCCGGCGUGCUGCUCCCGGACUGGGAGUUCUUCGACCGCGACUACUCCCAGUGGCUCACCCCCAUGCCCGCCUCCCGACGCACGGCCGCGGCCGCGGCCGCCGACCGGGAGCACGACGUCUGGAAUUGGGCUGUUGGUGUUUUAAGUGGUGGAUUAGGUAAUGGGGAAAAAAUGUGGCUGCAGACCUCAUCAGAGAAGAGGCAUCAGUUAGUCCGCACUUAUUACAAGAAACCCCCAGCUCACACUCUGAGUUUUGAAAUGAAAGGUGACUGUUACUUUGGUGCUGCUGAUUGA